GGCUGACCCGGAGGUGGGUGGGGCCUCGUGGUAUAUAAGCCUUCUAUCUCGAGCUUCCGUCACAGUCGACCGAACGAUAUCUGAAAAUGUUCACGAAGGCAGUAAUCUGUGCUCUCCUCGCGGUGGCGGCCGCGGCGCCGCAGGGCUACCGCGUGCCCACUCCCGCACCCACCUACGGCGGCGGCCCCGUCGUGCCCAUCCUCGUGGACGACCGCCAGGGGCCCGAUCAGUUCGGCAACUACAACUUCAACUUCGAGACUGGCGACGGCAUCAGCCGCCAGGAGCAGGGCGCCCCCCAGGGCGAGCUCGGCGCCGUGGCCUCGCAGGGCGGAUGGAGCUUCACCUUCCCUGACGGCAGUCCCGCGGUGUUCAGCUUCGUCGCCGACGGCGCUGGCUACCAGCCCCAGUCCGACCUGCUGCCCACGCCCCACCCCCUCCCGCCCACGCCAUCGCCCAGAUCGAGAAGGCCCGCCUGGAGGACGCCGCAGCCGCCUCAGGGGCGCGCCCCCAGUACAGCGCCCCCCCUCCCCCUAGCACCGGCUACUCCUUCCGCCGCUAAGGACGCCGCCCGCGCCCGCCGCCCGCACGCGACGCCUCUCACCCGUCCUCCGACAUCGCCCACCUCCGCCUCCCUCUCUUGCCCUCUCACCUUCCCUUUCAUCGAACAGUAUUCUCGCUGUGUGCUUAUCUUCACCAUGUUAUUGUAUCAUAGUAUUAUAAUAAAAUGAACGAAUCAUG